UACUAGAAACAUGGUAGCUAGAGAACUGCUUGGAAAUGAAUUCGUGGAUUGCUCUAUCCGAGUGGAGGAAUCUUCUAGUCAGAUCUCGCACAAUGGAUGUAUAGAAAAAAGUAGUGAAACCACCAUGCCAGAACUGCCAGAUCUGUCUGAAUUAAUAGAUAAAUUAAAGAAUGAUCACGGGUUUCAUGAAGUUAUAGAUGAAAAAGAUGAAGAUAUUUUACAUCCUGAUUUUUUGAAAUACUUCCACCAAACAUUUAAUGUUACUGGGGUUCGCCCAUUGUUUGUGGACCAUUCCGGAUAUGUGGUUUUGGUUUAG